AGGUAAACAAAUAUGGCGUUGAAUUCGAUACGGCUUUGUUGGGAUUUGUGCUUCUUGUGUAUUUCUAGUGUUUAUUUUAAUUAUUUAAUGUAAAUUAAGCUACAAAUAUAUGUUGUAAAUUAUGUCGGAGCUCAAAGUGUGUAGAAUAUGUCUUCGGACGGAAGCAAAGAUGUAUCAUUUCAAUUUGUAUCAACUAAAAUUUUAUUAUGAAGAAGUAAUGGCUUUACAGUUGAAUGAACAAGAUGGCCUGCCUCAGUACUUCUGCUACGAGUGUGCCACUAUACUGCACAAGUUCCACAAGUUUAAAGAGAAAUGCUUCAACGGACAGAAAGUUUUACGAGAACUCACUUGGAGAGGAGCUAUAUCUUACGAAUCAAUUUACAAAGUAGACAGAGAAAAAACAAUGCUCAUAUCACCAGUAACAGUAGCUACGUUCACCAGCAGAAUCAAAACAUACAUAACAAAAGACAGCACAGAAUCGGACGAAAUCUUCGUACCAGAAAAGAAAGUAGAAAAGAUAGAAAACAUAGAAUUAGAUUACUUUAGCGAAACAUCUAUGACAGGAGAUCAGGAACCUAUCCUAGAUUUUGACGAAGUAAAGAUUAUUCAAGAUAUCGAAGAUGCGUUUGACGAAGAAAAUAUAAAACUUGAUGAAGAUAAAGAUAUGGAAUCUUUUAGUCCUUCUGCGGUUUACGUGGACGGUGAAAAAGGUAUAAUGAAGAUAAAAUGUGAAGAAAUUAAAGAGAAGAAGACUGCUGGUAGAGAGAGAUGGUACAGUAGGAAUGUUUUAAACAACGGUAAUUGGAAGAAGUUUACGUUGAGUGAGGAAGAAGCUUUGGAGAAUUUUAGGGCGAGAGCACAGGAUAAGAAGUAUUUGAACGCUGCGUAUAAGUGUACUGAUUGUUUUAAAGGUUUCUCUAAGAAGGAUAUGCUGGAUAGACAUACACAGUUGAGGCAUAUAAAGGAGCUGGGUCCAUACGAGUGCCGCUUCUGCCGCAUGCGGUACAAACUGAACUGCUACCUCAGCAAACACAUGCGGCAACAUUAUACCAAGUAUGAGUGUUUGAGGUGCCAUCUAGUCUGCCCUUUAGAAAAUUCAGCUCUAGUUCACGACGAGUACCAUAGUGGAAUUACAAGGAAGUGCGAUUAUUGUGAUGAAGAAUUUAAACACUCGUCAACAUACUACACACAUCUACGCACACAUAGAAGUGCUCACGUGUGCACGUUAUGCGGCGCCUCGUUCGUCAGCGCCGCCGGGUUGCAUCAGCACAAGAGGGUUAAACAUAUCAUUGUGGAUAUGGACAGUCCUGAUGAUGAUGAAGAAGUGAAUACUUACUGCCAACGAUGUGACAUCACGUUUGAGACUCGGAAAGCGUAUGAGGAACAUUUGUUCCAUUCUGCACUACAUAGUGAGACUGACAGUGACUACAAACAUGAAAAUAAUAAAAAGGUACUAGGAAAGAAGGAACAAGCGAAGAUCACAAAGCGGUUAAAAAAACGGGGCACUGUCGAAGAUUUAUUUAAGGUUGAAAAGAAUAUUAAAAGAAAGAAGAAAUAUAGAAGAGAUCAAAAGAAACCUACUACAUGCCAUCAGUGCGGAAAACACUUCGACACCCAAGCGGCAUGCUGGAAGCAUCACCUGUCGGAACACCCACGCACUUCCUUCUACGCGCCCAACCAGAGGUACAUCUGCGAGAUCUGCGGCUCCUCGCUAGCUCCGGGCAGUAUAAAAACACACAAGAACAUGCACACCCGGGAGAAGCUACAUACUUGUGAUACUUGCGGCAAACAGUUCUACGCCAUCGUUGGAUUGAGGCGACAUCUACUGACACACACAGGAGAGAAGCCAUACGCGUGUUCGCUAUGUGACAAGCGUUUCACGCAGAGCAACAGCAUGAAGCUGCACUACCGCACCUUCCAUCUCAAGGAGCCCUAUCCUAAGAGAAACCGCCGAAAAAACAAAGACGAGCCCAAAACAGCUGAUGCAGAAGAUUCUAACAGCGAUGAGGAAACUGACAGUAGUCUCCCCGACAUGGAGCCCGAGCUGCCCGAGCCGGGAGUCAAACCCGUGCACAACGCGGUGCUCGACAAACCGGACGAGAAUAUGCACUAUUUGACGCUCACUUAAUCAAAACAAUUGAGUAAAUUGAGGGUGUAGGCAGAGUUGGGUCUAUUUUGGUUUUGGAAACAUAUAUGGGGUUUGUUAAGUUGGGUAUUUUGGACUGCUAGUCAUUUGGGAGUAGAGUAGUAAUAUAUGUGGAACACAUGUAUGAGUACAUAUGAAUAAGAAAAGAUUCCAUGACACUUUCACUAAAUUAACAAUUAAACAUUAUGAAUACAGCAUAUAAUGUUAUUGUGAUUUUAUUUGUAGAGCUGUGGGUGUAAAUACAGUUGUAUCUUUUCUUUCCAUCUCCCAUUUAAAUAUGUAAUUGUGAAACGGGUCUUAUUUUUAUAAAACUUUCCAUAUCUUUUAUCACACUUCCAUUCACGAUAACUCUGCCUACAUUCUCAAUUUAAAGGAAAAUAAUAAAUAUAAGUUAAAUUAUGUUUAUAUUACUUAUAGAGUAUUCCACAUUUACCAGUCAAUGCCAGUGUGUGAUUAUGUUUGUUCGUGUCGUAGAGAAUGUGUGCUUUAUUUUAUUGUCAUUAAUCUAUUGAUGUGACUAUUACAUUUUAAGAACUCA